UUCUAUUAUGUCUGUCCUUAGAAAUGAAAAUGCUAUUGUGAUGCCAAAAUGCUGUUUGUUUAUAUGGUGUAAUGACUAGUGUGUUCAAUGAAUAAAACCAAAUAAUUUCAGUUAAAAAGUAAAUCCUCUAAAGAAUGUAAAUUCUCAUGUGCUUUUGUUAUUAUUCUACUCUGAAAGAUGUAGCCUAAAUGUUCUGUGGAGCUAACACCAUAAAAUUAAAAGAAAUUAAACCUUAUUUCUUCCAAGAAACUGUUUUUAUACAGUUGAGUCUUCACAUGCCAGUCGGUGAUGUUUCCAGUCAGCUUUCUACUGAUAUUUUAUACCUCAGUAAAAGUUGACAAGAAUUUGGCACAGGAAAUUUGCCUAAAGUUUUCUUAAGAAAUACAACUAUUUCUGAGCUUUCUUCACCAGCAUGGAGAUGUGAGAUGUCAACUUCUCUGUGAUGCUGAAUUCCAGGAACCUAAAAAUGUUCAUCUACGCCAUCUUAGUUCCACUAAUGUGGACAGGAGUGUGUGUUUUUAUCUUUUUCCUAAAAUCAGCUCCUGUGUUUUGCUGACGCUGAGUAGUAGUUCUCUGUGCAACACUCAGCCAGACUAUGUCAGGUUUCUGGCUUGAACCCAAAGCAGAUGCAGCAGGAUAGUUUUAAGAGAUGUAUUUGAACUAUGAACAGAAUGAAAGUGAGUGGGGCAAAGGUGGGAAAUUAAAGUCCUGGGUCUGAGCAUGCUAGGCAGUCCAGUGGUUUCAAAUCUGAGAGGUUGAGAGCUUUCUGGCAGGUUGAGUUUAUGGUACAGGUUCUGCAGUUUUUUCUGCUAAGGAUACUGACAAUGGCCAGUCCUCUGGAGGUGGAGUAGACUUUACAGCUGACUCUUUGUUGAGGAGAUCAAAGCGAGCAUAAAAGGUGUUAAGCUCAUCUGGCAAUGUGGCCUCACACACUGCUGAUGCAGAUGUUUUUGACCGCCUGCCACAUAUCUUUGGUUUUGUCAGUGCUGAGGUCUUCUUCCAGUCUGUGCUAGUGUCCUGGACAGAGCUGUCACUUUUCUCCACUCAUCUAGACUUUCGGGUUGGGGAUUGAUUUUAUUAUCUUAGUGAUCAUCACAUCAUCAACACAUUUGCAGAUGUAUGUCAGUGAUUAUGUAUAUUAUACCAGUCUGUACAUUCAAAACAGUAUACUCCUCGAUUCCACUGAAAAAGAUGCAAAAUCUGUUUUGUCUUAAUUUUGGUCUUGGAAAAAUACAUAAAGAAGAUACAAUUUCACUGUUGCAUCAUCAGUUGUACAACUGAUAUUAAAAUAUGCAAAGGUAUUAUGUUGUCAUUGCAAGCUUACAAUGUAAUAAUACAGUAUAUUUGCAAUAUACUUCAUUAAUUUGAUCAUGGGAAAUGAUCUUAUUAUAUUUUGCAAUAGUUGUUCAACAUAAACUUUUAAGGACAGGUUAAAGAUUGACAAUUAGAUAAGAUAUUCCAAUUCUGUUGACAUUUGAUAUUAGAGUAGGCAAAAUAUGUGGUGGAAAGUCACCAAGUCUCAGAGAUAAAUACCAUACUUUUUAGUCCACUACAUUUAUCUGACAGCUAUAGAUACUUUAACUUUAAAAUUAAGAUUUUACACAAAAAAUUAGCUAGCUCCAACAUCAACAAUGCUAAAAAGUUUAUUUUAAUCUUAUGUCAUAUAAAUAAAUAUCAGUGAUGUGCCCUUUUUUUCAUAACAAAUACUUUCACUUUUGACUGCAGUCACAUUCACAGAAAUAUCUAAUAAUAUGCACUGUCUUUGCCACUUUAAACUGAAUAAAUAAAAUGCUUUAUGUGGUUUUUGCUGAUCUUUGAGAUUAUUUUGAUGAUUGCAGAACUUGUACUUCUUAUGGGAUAUUUUGCAUCAUUGUAUUGGUACAUUUACUAAGCAAAUGAUCUUACUAAUAAUUCCACCACUGUAAAUUCAUGCAUAUUUACAUGCAAUUUCUUACUUCACAGCUAUGGGAGGAGCACUUUUUAGUAAGCCAUGGAGGACCAUGCCGCAAAACAAGCAGGAAAAUCUCGAUUUUGUGAAAUCUUACCAACCUCGAAACAAAGAAGUCGAACAUCUCAGAAUUCUGCUUCAUGGACCAGUUGGUGCUGGCAAGUCCAGUUUCAUCAACUCUGUUGAAAGUGUUUUACGAGGCAGAGUUACUGGUCGGGCUUUGACAGAUGCAAUCUCUGGGAACAGCUUUACCAAAAAAUACACAACUUACAAAAUCCACAAAGAUCCAGAGAAUAUUUACUCAUUCAUUUUCAAUGACAUCAUGGGCUUUGAGAAAGACGACACAGAGAAAGCAAAAGAGAAAGACACCAAGGGGGGAGUGGAAGUGGAAGACGUCAAACUGGCCUUGAGCGGACAUGUGACAGAAGGUUACAAGUUCAUUCCUAAACAUAAAUUGAAUCAGGGUGAUCAAGGUUACAACUCAUCUCCCACUCUGGAUGACAGAGUUCACGUUCUGGUUUGUGUCAUUCCUGCCAGCUCAUUAUCUAUAUUAAGUGAUGAAGUUUUGAAGAAGAUGAGAGAAGUCAGACUAGCAGCCAGUGAAAUGGGGAUUCCCCAACUGGCUAUUCUCACCAAAGUUGAUGAAGCCUGCCCAGAGGUUAAAAAAAAUAUAAAUAAUGUCUAUAAGAGCAAGUACCUGAAGGAACAGGUUGACAAAUUCAAAUGCAGCUGGGAAUUCCAGUGAACUGCAUCUUUCUUGUGAAGAACUACGAUCAAGAAAUUGUCACAAAUGAUGACAUUAAUUCGUUCAUACUGAGUGCACUGAGACAGAUGAUUAGCUAUGGAGAAGACUUCCUCAACAGCCUGUAGACCUACAAACUACUGAGGCAAACCUUGCAUGAUUAAGACAUGAAUAAACUGAGAUUCAAACAAUAAUCUUCUUGAUAAUUUUUAGUAACUUUCAGUAUUGUGUAAUUCAUAUAGUAUGUACUAAAGCAUGUGCUGCUUCAUUACAUCCUUAUAAUUUAGUUAGAAAUGUCAAUGUAUCUUGUCAUAAAUGUCAUGUAUGCAAAUGAGGAGGCGUUACCGGUCAUAGAUAAUGUUGCUUUGGUUGCAAUUUUAAUUCAGACAAUAUCCGAUUAUGGCAAGCUAAGUUAGCUCGUGUUACAGCACCUUAGCAUUAAUGUUAAGUUAGCUAACUAACUUAUAUGAGUUAAAAGAUAACAAAGCCCAAUUUGGAUAUGUUUCUGUCUGUAAAUUUUAGUAACUUUCAGUAUUGUGUAAUUCAUAUAGUAUGUACUAAAGCAUGUGUGGCUUCAUUACAUCCUUAUAUUUUAGUUAGAAAUGUCAAUGUAUCUUGUCAUAAAUGUCAUGUAUGCAAAUGAGAAGGCGUUACCGGUCAUAGAUAAUGUUGCUUUGGUUGCAAGUUUAAUUCAGACAAUAUCCGAUUAUGGCAAGCUAAGUUAACACGUGUUACAGCACCUUAGCAUUAAUGUUAAGUUAGCUAACUAACUUAUAUGAGUUAAAAGAUAACAAAGCCCAAUUUGGAUAUGUUUCUGUCUGUAAAUAUUAGUAACUUUCAGUAUUGUGUAAUUCAUAUAGUAUGUACUAAAGCAUGUGCGGCUUCAUUACAUCCUUAUAUUUUAGUUAGAAAUGUCAAUGUAUCUUAUUGUUAUUUUACUUUGAUAAACAAAGAAUGAAUACUCUGUAUCCAACCUGGAUAGACAAAUAAAAUGAAUGUUUGGAAAAUCAAA